AUGACAUUUGCUGAGCGACACACGGCCAUGGUGCCAUGGGGCUCUCUGGUUCUGGCGAGCGGCACUGUUUGCGCACACACGCUAGAGCACUGCUUGCGCUGUCGGAAACAAUGCAGCGAACUUUUCGACUUCAGUGGAGAUGCACUGCUCCACGGCAAGUUUUGGGUUCUCAUCUCUUGCAGCUUCUUUCAUGGCACACACUCGCACCUUUUGCGAGAAGUGUUUCUCCUACUACUUGUGGGUGUUCCAGCAGAAGAGGAGUUGGGAACGCUUGUUUUCGUCGCUGCAUACUUAAUCUCCGGGGCGUUUGGAGCCGUCUUCAGCUGGUUGACGUUGCGGCGGACGUUGCGGAACAGCCCAGACUAUGCAGCCAUGCCCAGGCAUCACGUGGAUGCGGUGGCAGACCUUUCCAACAGCCGAGGAGCCAGCUCCUGCGUGUAUGGGGCUGCUGUCCUGGCGAUUCUUGUCGCUGGAGACCGUGGCCUGAAAGACUGUUUCGGGGCCAGUUCCGCUGUCACAAACUCUUUGUUGCUGGCGGCUCGAGUCCUGCCAGAAGUAUUUUCGCCGAGAAGCAGCAGAAUUAGAGAAUACCCAUUCGCUGCAGCGUUUCUGGCAGCCCUGCUAGUAUUUGCUGCAUAUCGGUCACCAGUAUCGAUAUCGGUGGCACAGGCAGUCAGUCUUUGGCUUGCAGUCCACUGUUUGCUUCGCCUCUUUCCCGCUAUUGUCUCACUGCACCCGGAGCGUGAGUAUGCGGCGGUUGAUUAUGCGGGGCACGUCUAUGGCGCUUUGUAUGCGGGUCUCUGCGGCGCCUGCCACUUGCUCUUGAAUCGGAGGGCUUGUCCCAGCGCCCAGGCCUGGGUGGCCCUGGUUGUGCUUACACUUUCAACGCUUCCUCGAGAAGCUUUGCUUUAUCGUUCUGAUUGA